GCCGGCCAACCGGCCUUCGCCUCCUCCCCCCGCCUCUCCUUUGAAGCCGGGCGAUACCAACAUCUGCCGCAGAGAGGGGGGUGGUACCCUCUGAUAAGCUUGAGGGGAGGGAGCGAAAUUCCCUUCGAGGAAACAAAAUAACCCCGGGGUAUGUUUUAAUUUUUCCUCAGGGGAGAGAAACAAAACAAAAACCGGGUUGGAGGAGAGCCGAGUGGGGGAGCCGUCUCCCCCUCCAGAGGAGAGGACGUAGUUCAGUCCCCAAGAUGGCGGCCACCAUGAAGAAAGCGGUGAGUGAGCUGCUGAAGGGAGGCCGGGGAGGGAGAGGUUGUGGCGGCUACGGAGGCGCCUCCGGUUGUGGCCUUUGCCUUGUGAAGGGAGGCUGAGGGGGGCCAGGCGAGGCGGCGGGACCGGGAAGCCUCGGGACUCAGCCUCUCUCUCCCCCCAAAAUAACGAUCUUUGGCCCGAGGCCAAACAGAACCAUAAAAGCUUAGAGUCGGAGGGGACACCCGGGGGUCAUCUAGCCCAACCCCCUACGAGGCGGGAAUCUCAGCUAAAGCAUCCAUGGCCACCCAACCUCUGCUUACAAACCUCCAAGGAAGGAGAGUCCGCCACCUCCUGAAGGAGACGGUUCCACUGCUGAGCAGCUCUUUCUACCAGAAAGUUUUGCCUGAUGUUUGGGUCGGAAUCUCCCUUUUUUGCAACCUGAAGCCAUGGGUUCGAGUCCUACCCUCCGGAGCAGGAGGAAACAAGCCUGCUCCCGCCUCCCAUGUGGCAGCCCUUGAGAUAUCUGAAGAUGGGUAUUUCCUCUCAGUCUCCUCUUUUUCAGGCUAAACAUGCCAAGCUCCUUCAACCGUUCCUCAUAAGGCUUGGUUUUUCAGGCUCUUUUUGCCCUCCUCUGCAAUUUAUUAUUAAAUUAUUGAUUGAUUUAAUUUAUAUACCACCCUGUACCUAGAGAUCUCAGGGCGGUUCGCAGAAUAAAAUCAAAAUAUAAAACCACAAAAUACACAAUCAAAAUAAAAACAACCCCCUCCCCCCAAAAAAAAAACACAUUUCAAAAGGGCAUAGGACCCUCACAACAUUUAAAUUAAGGCAGUUAACCGACCUGGACAGGAGCCACUAGUUGGAAACGUUCCAGCUUGUCAACAUCUUUCUUAAAUUGUGGUGCCCAGAAUUGGACACAGUAUUCCAAGUGUGGUCUGACCAAGGCAGAAUAGAGUGGUUCUAUUACUUCCCUUGAUCGGGACGCUAUACUUAUAUGCAGCCUAGAAUAGCAUUAGCUUUUUUUGCUGCUGCAUCACACUAUUGACUCAUGUUAACCUUGUGGUCCAUAAAGCCCCCUAGGUCUUUUUCACAUGUACUGCUAGCACUCUAGCUGUUUCCCAUCAUAUAUUUGUGGAGCUGGUUCUUCCUGCCUUAGUACAGAACCUUACCUUUAUCCAUCUAUCCAGAUAAUAAAUGUUGCCAAACUUGCUUUAGCUAAAUCUAUUCUUUGGUACAUACAAACAGAUCCCGUUGUAAGACUCGCUGCCUCAUCCUGUGCAUUUUUCCUUGGAAGAAAGUCUCAAUAAAUGUAACAGGAAUUGCUCUCAAGUUGGAGUGUACAAGCAGGCUGGUGGUCACCCUACAAAGAAUCUGGUCUUUUGGACGUACCUGUUGAGUGUUGGGUGGUGUGUGUUUUGCACAUUUGAAGGGCUUUCUGGAGGGGCACCUAGGUUAGUCUCUUGCUGCAAGAACAAAAGACUCAACACAUUUAUUAUGGCAUGCAUUUAUCAGAUACAUGAAGUGUCCUGAGUUGUGGGUUCAUUUUGUGUGUUUGUGUGUGUGUUGGGAUUUGGUGCGAUCAGACAGACAUGCAAUGCAGAAAAGUAUAGACCUUUCUAAUUAUAUUAUUAGCAAUGACCAUUCACAGUAAAUAAGAGUUGAAAAGAUGUAUCCUUCCAUUGGUAAGCCGAUUAAUACAUGCAGUUAAUACAGAGAAAUCUGUCGUGUCAAUUCAAUCCACAUGUGACAGCAUUGAACAUCUUGAUUACUGUACAAUUAUGCAAAGGGCACUGAGGGAGAAAAAUGCACACCCCCCAUUAUAAACUAUAGGGCAUUGUUUAUUUUAUCUAUUUACUACGGUUGGAUCCAGACAAAGUUAGUUUAACUUUGUCCCUUUUGAAAUCCAUGCAGCCUAUCUUAGCCAAGACUAACUUUUCACAUUUAUUACUUGUGUCGGGUUCCAACGUUACAUUCAUCUCCAAGGCGCUCAAGGCAGUGUAUGUGGUUCUCUCUCCCACAACAAUACUGUUGAGAGACAGUGAUUGACCCAAGGCCACCCAGUGAACUUUACGUUCAAGUGUGGAUUUGAACUCGGGUCUCUCAGGACCUAGUACAACACAAGCCAGCAUACUACACUGGCUCCUUUGUGAUCUCAGGUGUUACCUAUGGUCACUUUGUCUAUGCUAAUGUCCCAAGGUGUUUGUCUGCAAAUGUCCUCAUGCUCCUUGUUAAUAUGCUUUUGUUUCCUUCCUGGUCUUGCUUCUGUUGAGUUUUUGUAGCCAGCUGGUUUGAAAUCCUUUGGAAAAUAAUGCUGGUAAAAUGUGGAUAUGUUGACUAGCUAAUCUAAAGCAGAAACUUUAAUGGUGAGCACACUGUGUUCCAUAAUUGGAUUGAAAACGCAUAUGAUUGUCUUGUGUGUUAUGUGUAUUGAGCUCUCCCUGUUUCUGCUGGUCUUUUCCAGGCAGCAGAAGAUGUCAAUGUUACCUUCGAGGAUCAACAGAAAAUUAACAAGUUUGCAAGAAACACCAGCAGAAUUACAGAACUGAAAGAAGAAAUAGAGGAUAAAAAGGUACCCUUACUAUAAAGCCUCUGGAUGGGAAUCUGUUCACUGUAUGAAAUCCUUAGCACGCCCAGCGGUGUAGAAGGUCCCAUUUAACUGAGUGGAACUUCCAGUGAUAUGAGGUGGGAAAUGUUAUAUUUUUCCACACUUCUUUGGAAAUGCAUUGUUUUUAUAACGUUGGUAGCAGAAUGAAUGGGCACAGUGCAAGUCAAACUGGGUAACUGAAAAUCAUACUAGUUAAAUUAAAAAAAUCAAAGUUGUGAUUAAUGUUUUUCUGGUGUUCACUAGGAAGCUCAUAUAUUUAUGGACACAACUCUUCAGGCAUGCUAAAAUUAGUAGGUUACAGUUUUUAGUAUGUUACUAGUAGCUGGAUGGGAGAGUUACUGAUCUCUUGAUCACAGAAACAGCUUCAGAACUUGCAAGAUGCAUGUGAUGACCUCAUGAUGCUUGACGACGAUUCACUACUGAUACCUUAUCAAAUCGGAGAUGUCUUCAUUAGUCACCCACAGGAAGAAACAGAAGAGAUGCUGGAGGAAGCAAAGGUUCGUGCUUAUUCCUUGUGGAUCUUCUGUGGGUCCUCUCAGUGAUACAGCAAAAAAUAUUUGUGUGUGAAGCAUCAUUGAGUCUGGCAGAUAAAAACCUGAUAAGAGUCUUCUCUCUCUUUCCCUCUCUCUUCUCUUCUCUCUGUUCGUUACUAUACUAAAUAAUAUUAAAUACUGUAGUAUUAAACAUUUCUGCUGUGUAGGUUUUCUGCAUAGGACAGACACAGCAUCCAUAUUAACAGGCCGGUUUGCCCCCAUACUGCCCCACCAAUGUAGCAAGAUGGGGAGCUGCCUUAUAGGAAGUUGGGCCUGGUGUCAGAAGCUGACAUGCAUACAGCUCAGUAGCACAGCAUCAGUUUUGCAUGCAGGUCCCAGAUUCAGUCUCUGGCAUCUUCAGGUAGGACUGGGAGAGAGCCCUGUCUGAAUUGCUACCAGUCAGUAUUGACAGCAUAAAGGUAGAUGGGUCAAUGGUCUGUCAUAGUGUAUGGCAACUUCCUAUGAAAUGCCAGGGCUCAUGUGCUCUGGAGGACCCUCUGGGCUGACACUGGUUGCCGGUGUCUCUUUUUUCUUUACCCAUUUUCACUAGGGCAGUAGGCUGGUAGUGCUCAGUCUGGUGCUGUGAAGUGAAGCCACAAGCUGGGGCGAGGCUGCAGCAGCCUGCCAUCUUCAUUUCUCCAGUGAUGCCUACCCAUGCCACUGCUUGGUAAGGCUAUCUGAAAGGCCCAGCAGGCAGAUGCUGAGGUGGAUGGGGCAGGGCCCCUCCAACCGGUUGCCAGCCCUGUUCCCUGGCACCUGAUAAGCCAUUUCCCCCAGUACUGAUACUAGAGGUUGUGAGCCUAGUCGUCACUGAGGUGUUAAGCUGGCAUCUUGAAUUUAUCACUCCACUGCAAAGGUGGAAGGGACAUAGCUCCACAUUAGAACAUCUGUUUUGCAUGCAAAAGGUCCCGGGUUCGUUCCCUGACAUCUCCUGGUAAGGCUGGGAGAGGCAAUAUUUUCACAUGGAAGAUCAUUAUUGGGAGCCCCCAUUUGCAGUUUAAAGUGGUACUGUUCAUACACAGGUUUACCACCUUAUGGAAAACUAGGUUUGCAGGAUUUGGAAAAACUUAGUGGCCCUGAACUUCAGUGCUUAACACCUCAGUAUGUAUACCUUUCAGUGGGACAUUGAUACAUUUGCCUUCUUAUUUAUCAUUAAUAUAUAUGCUCCUGCUUUAAGUAUAAAACUUGCUGGAUUGGAUCCAGAGUUAAGCAUGCCUAAUGAUGCUGGUGGAAGCUGACUUUCCCCCACACACCCCGCCCCCCGGAGCCUCCUUAUCUUUGAAAAUACUCCACUGGGGCUGGGGGACCUGCUCAUGGAGGUGGGCUGUGGUGCAGGAAGGUGAAUUCCCCCAAAUUUUGUGGAGGCUGGGGUUUGCCAUGGGCCGGAGAGGAUGGGGAAGGCAGCUUUUGCAGCCCCCAAUUUGAUUAACUCUGGAUACAACCAGCUAUGUUCUCCCCAUCUUGAAAAACAGUUAUAAUUAGAAUAGUGGUCAAAACUGGCUGACACUGAUUUUCAUGAAGCUCAUCAGAUUUCAUUUAGGAUCACUUGAAAAGCAUCAGUCUUGGUCUUAUAAACCAUUGUUUAUUAGAUCAGUAAUGCGUACCACGUUCUUCCCUUCUCCCUCCUGACUCGUGCCUUAAUUUCAGACUCCUGGAGUUUUUUUAAGCCACAGUUUCCCAUUCUAUCCAACCUGAUUCUGUUUUCCAAGCAGCUGCACAGAUCUUUCUUCUGCUUUAUUCUAAAAAGCUCUAGAGUCUAUGCUCGGACAGAUUAGGAAGCUUUUCCUCUGAUUCUGAUUUUUACAAAAAUAAAAAUAUUCUAAACCCCUAAGCCUGAUUAACGUGUUUCCAAAAAGCUUGUUUACAGUGUCUUGUCAUUUAUAAUAGCUGGUCCUGUAGAAAAUCUAUAGAUUUCUUCUGAGAACUGGAUGUUAGGCAGUUGUGGUUUUUUAUUAUUUGUUUGGGGUUGUUACUUUUUCUUCUUUUUCUCAGAAAAACCUGCAGGAAGAAAUUGGCGCUUUGGAGUCACGAGUAGAAUCCAUCCAGAGAGUAUUAUCAGACCUCAAAGUCCAGCUUUAUGCAAAGUUCGGCAACAAUAUAAAUCUUGAGGCAGAUGAUAAUUAAAUAUUGUAGAAAUAGUAUUUUGUUUUUGUACUAAUUAUUCUGCUCUUGCAAUAAUGUUUUGAGAAGCCCCACAUAUUUGUUCGUUUUCAGGAAAAAUGCAUUCACUUGUCUGUUUCAUGUAUUUAAAGACGACAUUCUUAUUUUGCAAAUGUAUCAUUAUUUAUAUAUGUUAAGUGAAUAAAUCCAAAUUCCGCAGGUGCAUUAUCAAGGUUGGGUGCUUAAAGGCUUAUUGAAAUGAUAAUAAAAGUCAAACAAACUUAUUGCGUCUUGUGCUUAAAAUGUCCUUCCAAAAAUAAUGUAGUAUAACAAGGGGAUGGUGUGAAAUCGCUCUGUAGACUCAAUGAACAGUCUUCUUUCUGGCAAUCAUUAUUUUCGAACACCUUCAAUUUAAUGGUAAUGGGAAUAUAGAGGCAGAGGGACUGAGCUGUGACCCAGGAGGCAGGCAGCUCAAAUGUCAUCUUGCCUGUGAGCUUAGGAUAAACUGAUCUUAGGGUUUCGUUUACAAUAUGGGGCUCAUAACACUGACGUACUACGCUGGUUGUGAAGACUGAGACAAUGAAGUCCUAUGGAUACCUGGUUGCCACCAGAGAAUAGCUUAGCACUUAGAAUAAACACCCCUAAGUGCAAUUUUUUCCAUUAAUAAUUGCGCUGAAUCUCCUGUAUUCAAUGUGUUAAUUGCAUUGCAACAUCCAGCAUUGGUGUUAUAAAAAUGUAGGGUCAAAUAGUUCUUCCAUAUCACUUACUUUUACACCAUGGCUAUUGAUUUACCAGGUGCCAUUUAAAAAUGGAAAAGCAAAGCCUCUACAGUCUUUAAGUAAAGCACAAGGGGCGGGGGGAACAGGGGAUGGAGCAGUCUUUUUUCAUGAUGUUCAAAACCACAUGUAAGGUGCCUAGCAUAAGCGUAGAAAAUCCCAGAACAUUUGUAUACGAGAAAAACAUACCACUGAGAAUCUUGUCUUCUGUGCCUUUGUGGCUAAUGAAGCAAACUGCUAUUAUUGACUGUCCAGAAGAUGGCACUAGAAUGCCAGCUAUCUCUAGGCAGAGAACAGGGCAAAGAGAUUUCCCCAGAAUAAAUUGUCGUAUUUGCCAAAGAACCACAAAUUCAUUUCAGCAGAAAGAGGGGCUUGGGUUAGAUAAAUUAAUGGAGAGGUGGUCUGUCAAUGGCUGUUACUCAAGAGGGUGAUAUGGAACCUUCAUGUUCAGGAAGCCACUGACUACCUGCUUCUAGGGAGUGAUAGCAGGAGAGCGUAAUUUCCCUCAUGUCUUCUUUGUGGAUUUCCUGGAGUUAACCAGUUGGUCACUAUGGGAAGCAGAAUGCUUGACUUCAGUGCCACCAGCAGGGCUUUCCAUAUCUCUUGGAUUCUAGCUCACCUCUGCAGCAGAGCAUCACAUACUUAUCUUGUCCCUGCAACAGAAAGUGGUUCAGAUUAUUUCAGUCAGCUCCAAACCUGAUUUUCAAAAGCCAAGAAGCAAAUGGAAGAACAGAACAGAGUGCUAUUUACUUCGUUAGCGUUCUUCAAUAGGAAACAUCCUGGCAGGCUCUGAGCUGCGUUGUGUGCCUUCAAACCAUUCUGUCAGCUGAAUCAGGAUUGUAGAGUUGGAAGGGAGCCCUAGGGCUAUCUAGUCCAAUCCCCUGCAAUGCAAGUAUCUUUUUGCCCUUUGGGCUCAAACCCACUUCCCUGAGAUUAAAGGUCUCAUGCUCUACUGACUGAGCUAUCAGACAGGAAAUGAGACACUCAUGUAGUAGGCUGUCCUUUCUCCAGGGAGCUCUCAUUCCACCCACUCUUGCCUCCCAACAACCCGGUGAUGAGUAGGUUUGGCUGAGAGGUAGUGUCUGACCCAAGGGUACUUUCUUGGCUGAGCUGGUGGUGCAGAUAGGUAAUUUUAGAUCGUAGGCUUGAUCUUCAGAAGGUACUUCAGAAGGUAAGCCAGCUCAUGUGCUUGGGGACCCUUCUGCUUAUUCUGCUGAGUGGGGCCCUGCACCACUAGGUUGAGACUUGGAACUCCAGUCUCCCCAGUUGAGGUUCAGCAAUCUAUUCGCUGUUGUGGCUGGCUCAUAUUAGUCCUUUGGACCACUAGGAAAGUGCAGAAACAUUUGCUUACAGCCAUCUUCUAGAUGCCUCCUUGCACGUUUUUGACCUGGUCUUUACUGUCUCGGCAAGACAAGGAUGGGCUGAUCUUUCAGGAUGGAAGAAGCAGCUUUGGCCGCUCUGACAGUGACCCAGUUUGUGCACGUAACCCUAUGCCAAACUAUGGUUCAGCACGAAUGAGCAAAUGUAUUAUGGCUUGCUGGAGAGAAGAUUGUGGCUGUUUUGCUCCUCUUCCAAUCUUGCUGCUGCCAUGCUGCUGUGAGCUAAGUCAUGGUUCGGCUUAGUGAUACAUCUGAUCCUUUGCUCAUGGUUUAUCUCAUGAGCUGUAGCUAAGGUUUGUUUCACCGCCAACAGAUUUUAAAUGUUUUCAAUAUGGUUUGUUUGUAAUUGUACUUUGUAUCAUGUACCGUAUUUUUCGCUCCAUAAGGCGCACUGGACCAUAAGGCGCACCUAGUUUUUAGAGGGGGAAAUCAAGAAGAACCCCCCCCCGCCCAGCCCCAAAGAGCAGCGGACAGGCGGGGAGCGGCUGCACGCGGCUAUGGCACAAUCCAAGACAGCCAGCGGGAUGGAUCCCGCUCGCUGUCUUGGCUUCCUCUUUAGCCACGCAACCUCUCCGGCUGGGAGAGGCUGCGCACAACUAUGGCAAUUCCCCCACCUCCCGCAAAAGCCCACAGGAGCCGUGCACCCUUUAAGGAGCGCGCAGCUCCUGCAGGCUUUUCUACGAGGAGUGAGAAGGGACUGACGCGGCCGUGGAGCUUGUGUGCGGCUCUUGGGGGCUUUUCCUGCCUGCCUCCCCCCUGCGUUCGCUCCAUAAGACACACACACCUUUCCCCUUACUUUUUAGGAGGGAAAAGUGUGUCUUAUGGAGCGAAAAAUAUGGUAAGUGUUUGUCACCCUUUUCUCCUUUGAGAAAAAUAAAAGUGAAACACCACUUUGUGCUCUGAUCAAAUUCGCCCCCUCCUCCUGUGGCUAUUUUUAACCAAAGAAAUUUGUUGAGAGAUCUUAUCAUGCCACAUGUAGUUUGGACUUCAUUAUGUGUAUAUGAGUUCAUAUCUCGAAAUAGUUCAGGUAACUUAUUGUUCUCCUCGUGUGCGUGUGUGCGCGCGCUUGUAGUUCACCCACUUGCAGAAGCAAGAAGUCAGUAACCAGCAGAGAGCUUUUCUUUAAUCAUUGAACAACACAACAUAAUUGUCUUUGGAAACACCAGGGCAAUAAGCUGGUGCCCAAGAAGGCUUAUUAAGCGCCACAUGCAAAGGCAAUGCUUGAAAAGUGGUGGACAAAGACAGCAGGCUCAAUAUUGGCCUGUUUUAAAAUUAGCACUCGGGGGUAAACUAAUAAGAUGUGCACUUUGAUUCUGGGUUGUGUUGCUUCAAUCUCUGCUGCCCAAUAACACAAUUAAAAGUUUUGUACGGAAGGGAGAAACUUUGGACGUAUGUUUUCAAAAGGCAGAAACAUUCAGUGGGUACAAAGGCCUGCUUCACACAUGCUUCAGAAUCUCUUGGGUACACUAGACACUAGAUUACCGGCCCCAGAUGAAUGUGUGAACGCAGAGCCGAACACAGUCUUUAACUGCAUAGCUAGCAAUUCUGUCCUGAGUUAUCCUCCGGAGCGAUUUUUGAACCAGCCAAGAGAAAGCACUGCUUUACACAGUGCAUGAUUAAAAACAAUGGGAUUUGCUACCCUAAGUGGUGGUGAUGGUCACCAAUGGCUUUAAAAUGGGAUUAGACAAAUACAUGGAAGAUAAUGGUCUCAAUGGCAGCUAGUCAUGAUAGAUAGGUGGGACCUCCAGCACACCAGUCAUUGGGACUGGAGAAGGCUGUUUCACUCAUGCCUUACCUGUGAGAUUCCCAUAGGUAUAUGCUGAACAUGCAUUUCUUUAUCCUGGCCUUUGACGCCCAAGACAUAGCUGACUAAUCUGUCUGUCUGUCUAUCAUCUUGGUAUCUACCCCAUUCAAAUUGUAAGUUGUUUUAACUGAUUUUCAUUUUAAAAAAAGCAAAUGUAACCAAAAGAAACAGUGUCAGCUUACAUUAACAAUAAAGCUAACCCAUCAACCCUGACCUAAGGGUAUAAAUUAAUAUAAGCACUCCAUAGGUCCAAACAGAUAUUGAUAUGAGAUGGACACUCAUAAGAUACACAUCUGAACAUAGAAAGGAGCAAGAUCUUCAGAGUACUGAGAAGCAAAGGUGGGUAUUUAUCCUUCCAACCUUGAGGUAUAAGUUUCUUUGCAAAGGCUUGCAGGAUCUAUUUCAGUUGUCCUUCGGAUUUAAUUGAUUUUAAUAUUGUAUGUUUAUAUUGUUAAUCUGCCCUGGGACCUUAUGGUGAAGGGCAGGUAAGAAAUCCAACUGAUCGUCAUCGUCGUCAUAAUCUAGUUGGCCACUCUGGGAAACCGAAAGGUGGUCUAGAUAAGGCUUUGGUCUAAUUCAGCAGGGGCUGUUACCUUCUUAUAGCUCUCCUCACCAUUUCAGUUCUUGCAGGAGGGUGUGGCUCCAAUGCCCGGCAUGGCUCUCUUUUUUAAGUAGGAGAGCUAAUUGUGCAAAAUCAUCAAACAGAUGUAAAUAGGUGUCCUGAUGUCAUCCGGAGUCCAACACUAGCGACUGAAGCUAAAUUUAUGCUCCUGACAUAAAGGGACAUCCAAUUUGUGCAUGUUGAUUAGAUGUUUGUCACUUCAGACAGAAUGCUUGGAAAAUUAGGCAGCAAGGAAGCUUUUAGCCAGUGGCAAUGAUGAAUUUAUUAGGGACAUGGGUGGCGCUGUGGUCUAAACUACUGAGCUGAUCGGAAGGUUGGCGGUUCGAAUCCCCGCGACGGGGUGAGCUCCCAUUGCUCGGUCCCAGCUCUUGCCAACCUAGCAGUUCGAAAGCACGUCAAGUGCAAGUAGAUAAAUAGGUACUGCUCCAGCAGGAAGGUAAACGGCAUUUCUGUGUGCGGCUCUGGUUUCUCCAGAAGUGGCUUAGUCAUGCUGGCCACAUGACCCGGAAAAACUGUCUGUGGACAAAUGUCAGCUCCCUCAGCCAGUAAAGCGAGAUGAGCACUGCAACCCCAGAGUCGUUCGCGACUGGACUUAACUGUCAGGGGUCCUUUACCUUUU